AUGUUUGGAACAAGUCGUAUAGCUGCCACAGGGUCAGAUCGUGUCGUUCGACAAUGGCCCUGUUUAGCAAAACAUGUGAAUGUCAUCUAUAAGGAUCAAAUCUUUCAUGUUGACGUCAUUGGUGAAAAGGGUGAAAUUAUUUCUGUUCAGCAACUUAAAGAGCAAUUAAAUGAUGUAGUAAAACAAGUAGAAGGGAUGGAUCAGCUUCAGGCGCCUAUUGGCGUCCUUACAACUGAACAUCGAGAUACUUGGGGACAAAUUCGUGAAGAAAUGGAAAAGCAACCACGAAAUGCCAAGUCAUUAAAGGAUAUUGAUGAUUCUUUAUUUGUCUUUUGUUUGGACGAUUAUAGUUCACCUUUAGAUCUUGAUUUAUCUCAUCGUAAUAUUUUCCAUGGUAGAAAUGGACAUAAUCGUUGGUUUGAUAAAGCAUUACAGUUUAUUGUUGAAAAUAACGGACGAGCUGGUAUUAACGGAGAGCAUUCUCCAGCUGAUGCUGUUAUUCCAUCUCGUAUCGUCGACUACAUCUUGGAACGUGUUCUGUUACAUUAUUAUGAUUAUGGAUCUAAUUUGAUGAAACAAGCAAGCGUCAGUCCUGAUGGAUGGCUUCAAAUGGCUUAUCAAUUAGCCUAUUAUCGUCUCUAUCGUAAACCAUGUCCAACGUAUGAGUCUGCAUCAACUCGAAAGUAUUUAGCAGGUCGUACUGAAACAGUACGUUCAUGUUCAGUUGAGUCAGUCACGUUUACAGAAAAAUGGGAAGACAAAGAUAUCAAGGUAAAAAUCCAUACACAUGAAUAA